AUGUCUGCAGAUCUAGAGGGCUGUUGUCGCCUCAGAAACAGCAAGCCAAUCAUUGAGGGAGAAAAUAUUACAGAGGUCAGUUAUUUCAUCCUUUUGGGAUUCUCUGAUUUCCCCAGAAUCCUAGCAGUGCUCUUUGUUGUAUUCCUGCUGAUCUACAUGAUGACUCCGACUUGGAACUUGGGCCUCAUCAUCUUAAUAAGGAUGGACUCUCACCUCUACACACCCAUGUACUUCUUCCUCAGUAACCUGUCCUUCAUGGAUAUCUGCUAUGUGACCUCCACAGCCCCCAAGAUGCUCUCCAACUUUUUCCAAGAGCAGCAGACUAUCAGCUUUGUGGGUUGUGCUGUUCAGUACUUUGUCUUUUCACUUAUGGGACUGAGUGAGUCUUGUCUCAUGACCACCAUGGCUUAUGACCGAUAUGCCGCCAUUUGUAAUCCUCUUCUCUAUUCAUCAGUCAUGUCACCCACUCUCUGUAUUCAGAUGGUGCUGGGGUCCUAUGUGGCUGGAGUCUCUGCUUCUGUAUUCCUGUUGUGUGCCAUAUUUCAACUUCACUUCUGUGGGCCUAACGUCAUCAACCACUUCUUCUGUGACAUGCCCCAACUGUUAGUCUUGUCCUGCAGUGAUGCUUUCUUUGUACAACUCUUGAUUGCUAUAUUAACAAUGAUCUUUGGAAUAAUAAAUGUCCUCAUUAUCAUUAUAUCCUAUGGUUAUAUUGUCAUUUCCAUCAUGAAGAUCACGUCAGCUAAAGGCAGGUCCAAGGCUUUCAACACCUGUGCUUCUCAUCUGACAGCAGUGUCCCUCUUCUAUACCUCAGGCAUGUUUGUCUAUUUGAGUUCCAGCUCCGGCGGUUCCUCCAGCUUUGACAGAUUUGUAUCAGUUUUUUACACUGUGGUUAUUCCCAUGUUGAAUCCCUUGAUUUACAGGCUGAGGAACAAGGAAAUCAAAGAUGCCUUGAAGAAGUUAUAA